AUUUUCUCUUACUAACUGCUUCCCCUUUAGGCCAAAAAACUUCUUGUCUCUUUACCUUUUUUUUUUUAUUUUUUUAAACCACCUACCUCCCUUCAGGAGUUAUUGCACCUUCAGAUUGGGACAUCCUCAUGUGUGAACCCCAGCUGUGUCUGGGGGCAGGGCCACAGUGCGACUGCCAGGAACAGAGAGGCUUCCAAGGACCUGCCCCACAUUAGAACCAGGGCGGACCAGCCCUGGGAUGUGACUGGCAUCCAGAGGCCUUCUUCCCAAAGGACAUUUAGGACUAAAGCUCAAGUGUUCUUUCCUGGGGAAGUUUUACAUAAGUUGGCACCCAACCCUCAACUGAGAACAGGUAACUGGCCGAAUUGACAUUCAAAGACCAGAAACAUGCGUUGUGCCAUCCAAAGGGCAGUGGUACUGGAUGGGGCCCAUUUGAUGCAGAUCAUCUGGCAUGAUGGAGCAGAGUCUCUCUACCCAGCAAUAUGGCUGAGAGACAACUGCCAGUGCUCCACUUGCUACCUGGAUUCGGCAAAAGCACGGAAGCUUCUCAUCGAAAGUCUGGAUGUGAACAUUGGAAUUAGAGAGAUGACUUUCGACAGACAAAAGGUGUACAUCACGUGGCCCAACGAGCACUGUAGCGAAUUUGAAGCUGACUGGCUGAAGAAAAGAUGCUUUUCCCAGCAGGCCAGAGCCAAACUCCAAAGAGAAUUGUUUUUGCCAGAAUGUCAGUACUGGGGCUCAGAGUUACAGCUACCUAAUUUGGAUUUUGAAGAUGUUUUAACAAAUGAUGAACAUGCAUACAAGUGGCUCUCCACUCUCAAGAAAGUAGGCAUAGUGCGACUCACUGGAGCAUCUGACAAGCGAGGAGAAAUUUUAAAGCUUGGGAAAAGGAUCGGUUUCCUCUAUCUUACAUUCUAUGGACAUACUUGGCAAGUACAAGACAAAAUCGAUGCAAACAAUGUGGCGUAUACAACUGGGAAGCUCAGCUUUCACACUGACUACCCCGCCCUUCAUCAUCCACCUGGGGUUCAGCUUCUGCACUGCAUGAAGCAAACAGUUACUGGUGGGGAUACUGAAAUUGUAGAUGGGUUCAACGUUUGCCAAAAGCUCCAAGAAAGAAAUCCGCAGGCUUUCCGGAUUUUGUCCUCCACCUUUGUGGAUUUUACCGACCUUGGAGUAGAUUACUGUGAUUUCUCCGUACAAUCAAAGCACAAAAUUAUAGAGUUAGAUGAUAAAGGCCAAGUGGUUCGCAUCAACUUCAAUAAUGCCACCAGAGACACGAUAUUUGAUGUGCCUGUAGAAAGGGUACAGCCAUUUUAUGCUGCUUUGAAGGAGUUCGUUGCUCUCAUGAACUGCAAAGAAUUCAAGUUCACCUUCAAGAUGCAUCCGGGUGAUGUGAUUACUUUUGACAACUGGCGCUUACUUCACGGCCGCCGAAGCUAUGAAGCAGGAACGGAGAUAUCUCGCCUUCUAGAAGGAGCAUAUGCUGACUGGGACGUGGUCAUGUCAAGGCUUCGUAUCCUAAGACAGAGCGUUGGAAAUGCAAACUGAAUCUCCUAUCAAAAUCUUAGCAAGAUUGCAAUUCGUGUGUUUAGUAUGUUGUUGCAAGUUUAUUUGGGCUCAGAAACCAUUUCCAAAUUAAUCAUGUACUAACUUCUUUGACAUUGAACACAUAACUCUUUACUAAGAGUAUGAUUUUCUCUGUAAUUAUAUGAGCACACUGCCACCUUUCUAGAUGUUAUGACAGUGUUUUCUCAUGUCCAAUUAAAGCUCCCCUUUGA